AUGUCUACAACAGACAACCAGCCAGCCGACCUGAGCCGGCAAAACACCUCCGACCAGCUAGCUCUGCUGGACCCGUACACCCCGGUGUCGCCGCCAUUGCCGCCGCGCCACCGGGCACAAUCCACAGAGCCCCAAAAACCCACUCCGGAAGAUCGUCCCGCUUUGCCCCAGCGUCCCCGGCCAGCGAAAAAGUACGGCAUGAAGCGCGCCUCCGUGGAGGACUUCGAGGUGCACACGCCGCUCGGCUCGCCAAUUGCCCAGCGCACCUCGUCCCACGUUUCCCGGUCCACCUCGUUGUCCGUGUCCAAAGAGGCCAGUCUCCAGGAAAUCAACCUCGAGUUCCUGCUCGAUAGCCAAACAGUGCGCAUCAAACGCACACUCGACUCCCUGCCCGACGAAUUGAAGCUGUCCCAGGACGAGUAUCUCACCAGCAUCAACUCCAAAGACCACUGGAUCGAGUUGCGCAGCGAGAUCGAAGCGGGCAACUACAGUAACCCAGACAAGGUGGCGGUGUACGAGCUCGUGCUCAAGAGCCCGAUGGUGCGGAAAUUUGCGCCCGUGUCUGCUCCGAACCCGGAACUGUCCAAACAACUGGAAUCGUUGAACGUCCAGCAGGAAACAGCAUACUCCGAGCUGGCGCCCGUGUGCGGCAAACUCGCCGUGCAAACUCUGCCGCCGCUGCUCGUGAGACUGUACACGGUGCACAGGUCGCCGCAGAUCACGUUUCUGCUCGCUAAACUGUACGAACAGACCAACCUCCGCCAGCUCGUGUUCCUGGUGCUGCGCAUCGUCGAGACGAUCGACGCGUCGGUGCUGGUGAGGUGGUGGCGCGAGCACGAGAGCGUGUACGAGUACGUUGCGCGCGAGGUUGGCAGCGAGCAGUUCUGGCUGCGGGUCACUGCUGCCGAGCUGGACGUGCUGCUGCACCGCGUUGUGCUGUACGGCUUCGACUCGCUGGCCGGCGACGUUGCGAAUCUGCUUUGCGGUGCACGGGUGUCUGCGGAGGUGUCCAGCCGCGUGGUGCUCUUCUCGCACGAGUUCCAGCUGCUGGGAGAAACGGUGCGUGAGCCGGAGGAGCUGCGCCGGCAGAAGAACAAGCUGCACCGGCUGCAGGAGGAGCUGGAGGAGAAGCAUGCAAAGUACAAUGAGCUGCUGAACAAUUACAAGCAGCUGAAUGAGGAAAAGUUCAGCAACCAAACGGCCAUCAAGAAGCUGGAGGCGAACAACGGGCAGUUGCGGCUGAAGCGCAACGAGAGCGAGCGGAAACUGAACGCGCUGUUGUCGAACUACGAGGUGAUCAGGGUAAACAACGAGAAGAACACGGAGAUCCACCACGUGAAUGAGAAGCUCCGAGCCGAGAUUAGCCGCAUGGAAAAGGAGCUGGGGGACCUGAAUGGGAAAAAGCGGUGA